UAUCUAAUAUUUUUGCUCCUUUUAUACUGCAGCAUUUGUGAGACAUAUUUCAAGAAGUACCCUGCUCGGAUAGGGUUUAUGCGAGUUGAUACACUCUCUCUUAUGUUGUCGAUGGCCAAUGUUGGUGCAUAUUCAGAUGUGCUUGUGGUUGACAUGGUUGGAGGUUUAGUUGCUGGAGCUGUAGCCGAACGCUUAGGAGCUACAGGAUAUGUUUGUAGCACAUAUCUUGGAUCAGCGUCCAGCUCCAUAGACAUUAUAAGAAUGUAUAAUUUGAGUGGCGACAUGACCAGCAGGAUUUUCCAGGCACGACUUGGCGACAUCUGCUCCUUGCAAAAUUCUGGCGAUGCCCCUUCUGCUAUCCUUGAUAGUAUUCAAGACACCAGAGGUAGUGGCAAUGCGGUGGUUCCAGUGACCCUGCUCCACCACUGCACGGACAGCAAGACUGUGUGCAUGUCCCAACCACUGCCAGAACUGUGGGCAUCAACUCCAGCAUUGAAUGCCCAUCAAUCCAUCUGGCCAACCAGACAUUGGUGGAUGAUUAGCACCUUUGAGUAA